GCGGCGGCCGGGGUUGCGCGCGCGCGCGAUGGGCAACUGCCAGGCGGCGGAGGCGGCCGAGGUCAUCGUCCAGCACCCCGGCGGCAAGGUGGAGCGCCUCUACUGGCCCACCCCGGCCGCCGACGUCAUGAAGUCCAACCCGGGCCACUACGUCGCGCUCGUCAUCCUCCGCCUCUCCCCCGACGACAAGGCGCUCACGGGCGCCGAGGCCGCCGCCGCCGGAGCGGGCGCCGCCAAGAUCACCCGGGUCAAGCUGCUCAAGCCCAAGGACACGCUCCACCUCGGCCAGGUCUACCGCCUCAUCACCGCGCAAGAGGUGACGAAGGCGCUCAAGGCGAGGAAGAACGACAAGAUGCGGCGGUGCGAGGCCAUCAAGCAGCAGCACGAGCAGCUCCGGCGCGGCGCCGGCGCCGGCACGGAGCAGGGCGGCGCCUGUGAGAAGGACGCGAAGCGGGACAGCAAGGACCGGCACCGGAGCCCCGGCGGCGGCAUCGCGCAGGCGCAGCAGCAGCCGGCCGGGAGCGGCAGGGGCCGGAACUGGCGGCCGUCGCUGCAGAGCAUCUCCGAAGCCGCCGCCGCGGGCCAGAGCAGCAGCACCGGCAGCAUCUCUGAAUCCGCCGCGAGCUGAUUGCCGGAUUAGCAGACUGCUUUUCUCCUUCUUUUUCUUCUUCUUUUGUUUUUCUUAUUAGUAUAAAGCGCUUGGAGUCGGGACCUACCAGAACAAAAAAACUUGUAAAAAUCAGAGCAGCAGCAAUAGGAAGCUUGUUUCGUCUCUCGCUCGUGUAGCAAUUGCCAUGGUGAAAGUGAAACUGUGAUAGUGGUU